AUGGAUAAUAGAACGUACAUUAAAGACCUACAGCCAGGUGCCAACUCGUGCGUAUUCGGGCUUCUGUUGACACACACGCCGCUUAGAAAAACAACAGGAUCUGACUACCAGAUGGUUUUGAACAUAGUGGACGAGCACAGUGAAAAGCAUGUGCCAGUGCUUCUAUUUAUGUCAGACCCUGAGUGUUUUCCCAAGUACAUCAUAGAGAACCAAACAGUUAUCAAAAUAACAAGGCUAACUGUAAAAAACACAAACGGCGGCACGCGCCUGCUGAUUGACAGAAAGCACGGGUGCUUCUUUUUUGACGUCUGCAAGGGGCAGGUGAAUCCUGUGCCGUACUUUUCCUGUGCAGAGAGCGCGUAUGUAAGCAGUCUGGAUGAUUGGAAAAUUUUGGACACUAUUCGCAGGCACUUUAUUCAGCAAAUAUCAAUAGGGCCUGGAAUGAUAUCUGGAGCAUCCAAAGAAAAUGCUGUUGUAAGCGUGUAUGGCUAUGUGAAGGAUAUUAUGACGAGCCACGGAUGGAAUACACUGGUGCUGUGUGAUCCAAGCACAUACAAAGACCUCUAUAUUCGGGUGUGGGAAAGAGGUGUAGACAUGCUGCCAAAAAAGCAUACGUAUGUCUGCAUGUACAGCCUGAAGGUGAGAAAAAACAAUGCUACACAUAUUACAGUGGAUGUAAGUAAGAGUGCGCCCUUCGCGUGGACGUACAACAUACCCAGCGACGUGAAAACACUGCUGUCCGCAUUUACAACCAUAAACACCAAGAAGUUUAUAAGCGCGCUAGUGCAUAAAAUCAACAAGGUGACCUCAGAGAAUAAUGAAGCAGAUGACUUGCUAGGCAGCGAAGGAAGGGAAGAUCUCUCUGCCAUACUUGGGGAAAACGGAUCUAAGAGUGAUCUAGCCCAAUUUAGCGAUGAAGCCAUAAACGGGUGUUUUAUAGAAGAUAGCCCAGACUGCAUAAGAGAAGGCAGAGAAAGUGUUUCUAGCGCUGUGUCUAGUGCAGAUCACACGCAGCAGAGUGCAGAUGACAGCACAAAAAACAUUUCUGGAGAGCAAGACUUGCAUAAAUCGCAGCUUGUCUCUAAUGAAAUCAUGCGCAGUCUUGGAACGCAGUCUACUGGCACUCCGUGCACUCCAGAGCAUACGCUAGAAAAAAUCAUUCACGGGAAAGGGUACUUUAUUUCGUUUAAAGAAACAGAUAAUCUGUACGACGAGAUUAUACAGAUACCCAUUAAGCCGUACUAUAUGAACAAGACAAACAGCACUGUAACAUUUGACCAACAGGCUCUUUUCAUGAUGGAUCCUGAAACACGAGAGAAAGAGCACAUUCAAGUGCAGCACGUAGGCUUCUACAAAAAAGUGCCAAUGAUUUUCCAUGUUUGCGCAAGAGCACCUGGGACUUUAGAGAACAUAGCAGGGUUUAUCACGCUGCUUCCCAGCAAAACACCAACUUUACAUGUGUUUUUAUAUAAAAAUCCAGAAUAA